AUGGCGCGCGGUCUAAAUGCCAGCAUUGCUCGGGACAACCAGGAGCUGCGGAAGCAUGUCGUGGAAGCCAAGCGUGUUCUCGGACGAGCCAGUAGUUUGCCGGCCGGUUGCGGCGGAAUGGCAGCAAAGGUCUUGCGUGAGGAAAGGGUGGUCCUUGCACGCCGGAUCGCAGAGUCACCCGCCAGAGCUCGGCAAAUCUAUAGACCGCUGUCAAUGCCAAGCUUCAUUGCGGAGAUGAAGGUUGCCCCGAAGCGCCGCGGUGGAUCAGAAGACAAGAAGCUUUCAAGACAACAGCUUUUUCAGGAUCGCCUACUCUCAGGGACGACUUCAGUGAAAGAUGCCGCAAUGUCAGCGGAUGUGCUCAGCCACCGCAAGGAUUACGAUAACAAGCAGGGCAGUAGCAGAACUGCAUACGACGAAGUCUGCGAGGUGCGAACGACCGUCCAAGAAGCGCGAGUCUCUGAAGACUUGCAACCUUUUGUUUCUCAUUCUCUACAUGAACUUCUCUCAGACCUUUGCCAGUCGAUCAAAGUUGAUGACACACCUCAUCACGGCCAGGACCAUCCCCUCUCUGUCGAUACCAGUGAAGUCUGCAUAAGCAACAGGCACUCGAGAUCAGGAUCUGUCGCCGAGAUCGCUGUCAAUGCGUGCAUGUUCGUCGUGGCACAUGGAGUGCAAAACUGCAUCGAAAACGGAUGCGACCUUGCGAACGGGGGCACCUGUGUUUACGACACGAUAGACGACACACUGCAGCUGACGGACAUCACCGACAGCAUGGAAGAAAAACACGCACUGGCCGAAGCUUAUGCAGCGUUGGCCCGCUCGAGCGAAAGAGCUGCUGGGGUAAACGAUGCUUUGCCAAAGGCGGCAGAGGCGGGCUCGCCUCUGGCGCAGUCAGAAAACGAGCAGUCGGUGCCGAUUGCUGAGGACCAAGUGGCGGGCGAGGAUGGCGAGUGCGACGGAGCUCCCGAUCCACUGACGCCUUUGCGUCGGACACCGCUGGUGCUUCCGGCUAGUAGCGAGAAGUUUGCGGAGCCGGUGGUUUCUUGCUCACAGACACUGGAGGCAGCGGAGGCUCCUCUGUGCCGUGGCGUCGAGGCAUGCGAAGGUUCUCCCACCAUGCCCGUGAAACCUGAGACGGAGAUGGUCAAGACAUCCCUUGCCUUCACGGAAGGCGACCUCGAGCCGCUGGAGCCGAGCCGCGGGGGUGCAGAGCUGCAGUGCCAGACCCACCUCGAGUUCUGCAUGAGCUUGGAAGACGACUCUCCUGUAUCUCACGAGGAGCCCUGUGAAGAGAAGAUGCUGGACUGCGACCGGGGCUCUUUCCGUGGGUCCAUCCAGGAGAUGGAGUUGCGUGAAGGAGCUUCGGAGACGAAUUCUGACUGCACGGGA